ACGGCUUCGGUCGGUUCCCCCCUGGAACCUGGUUCUAGUCUCAUGGGCGUCUCUAACUUGCUAACGGGCCGAUGGGUGUGGCGGUCUGCUCCGUAACGUCGGCGACGUUAGCAAAAGAUACAGAGGCUUCGGGAAUAAAAGAUAAAUAUAUAUAUAAUUAUAUUUAUAGAUACUGGCGAGUUAAUUCCUCAGUCGAGGUUUGUAGAAGUGACGGGACUUCGUGGUGUUUAUCCACGGACACUUUCACUGUCGUUUGCUCGUCGCUCACUUAAUGUUUCCAUUGGAAGUUCUAAAAAGUGACGCUAUAAUACCAAACUCCGUUUAGAAAUCAGUCUAAAAUGGAUGCGGUGAACGCGGUGUUCCUUGCGGCUGGGAGAUGUGCGGACGCCUGCUGCUUGCUGCUCGAACUGGUCGUGGGGACGUUGGGCUGGCUGCUCCGCGUCCUGUCCGGCGCGGGCGCUUCCAUCCACAGCGCGCUGGUCACCCUGAGCAGCUCCACUUUGGUCGAAUACUGGAACUUUGCUCUCUUCUCCUUCCUCGCCGCCACUGAGGCCGUCUCCAGCGCGGCCCACGGAGCCCUGAACGUUGUGGAGGGCUGGCUGCAGACGCUGGGGGGGGUGUUUGAGAGUUUCAAGAUGGUCGGACACCUCUUUUGUCACGUGGCGUGGCGCAUCAAGGACGUGCUGCACCGCGGGUUUAUUUCAGGAAGCUGCAUCCUGCGGCAGACGUGCGAAGGCAUCCUCAUCGCGCUCAGCCUCGUUCUCUACUUCGUCAACACCGUGGUCAACAUCGUCCUCAUCGGCACGCAGAACUGCCUGUCUGCGUUGGCGGGCGUCUGGGAGGCGGUGGCGGGCCCCGUGCACAAAGUCGUGGAGCUGGCUCUGACCCUGCUGACCUUCCUGUACAGCUGUCUGGUCGGCGCCUCCAUGCUGCUGUGGACGCCCUGCCAGCUGCUGCUGGACUUCCUGGGAGCACUGGGACGUGUCUUCAUCACUGUUUUCAUGGUCGACUCUCACGGCCUGCUGGUCACAGCGGCCGUCGUCUCCCUGGCGUUGCUGGCCUUGAACCCCAGGCUUCCUGUCCUCGCUGGACGGCUGAGCCUCCACUUGGUCAACGCCGUGCCGGGAGCUCGGGGCCUGCAGACGACCGUUCGCAGGCUGUACGCAGUGACGCUGGAACCGGCCCAAUCCGGGACAGCCCGGGACAUGAUCACAACGAGGCUCCUGAACACCGAGGCCGAGCUGCCGCCAGCGGAUGGCCUGAGCCAGCCGGACCCGGUGCAGCUUCGCGCUCAGCAGGACGGCGAGCCGGCGAGCGGCGGCGGCGGCAGGGCGAGUACAUCCCCGCCGAACUCAGCCGCGGAGGACGGCGAGCUGCUGAGCCUGCUGAAGGAGCAGGAGGAGAGGAAGAAGUGUGUCAUCUGUCAGGAUUUGAGCAAGACGGUGCUGCUGCUGCCCUGCCGUCACCUCUGCCUCUGCCGGCACUGCGCCGACAUCCUGACGCAACGCCGACCCGCCCAGCAGCGCUGCUGUCCGCUCUGCCGGCAGCACAUCACACAGACCUUGGACGUCUUCCUCUGACGGCAGAUGGACGACAACGGCAGUGACACGAACAAAAGGCCGCAACCACGAACUGCAGCACACGGGAGAAACGUGGCUCUACGGUUGCCUUUUCUGUCCUUAGAGCGGCAACAAUAAGCCGAUUAAUUGAUUAGUUGAUCGACAGAAAAUUCAUCAGCAACUACUUAGAUAAUCGAUUACUGGUUUUCAGUCUUUUUUUUUUUAAAAGAAGAUACGUCAAGAUUCUCUGGGUUCAACUUCUCAAAUGUGAAUAAUUCUGGUAGCAAACUCAACAUGUUUGAGUUUUGGACUGUUAAUUGGACAAAACGAGGCAGUUGAAGACGCCACUCUGAGAUUUGGGAGGUUUUGGAUGAACAUUUUUUCUCAAAACUUCCAACACAUUAUUUCCCAAACAACUAAUCGACUGAUUGAGAAAGUAUUUGACGGAUUAAUCAACACUAAAUAUAAUCAUUAGUUGCAGCCCUAUCUAUGCUCUCAUACUAAAAAAAUAUAUGAAUUACUGAUAACAAGCAGGUCUGGAGCCCUAAUAGUAUUUGAGUACUUGUGGCAUUGUGUCCACCAUCGCUGCAACUAACACUUGUUGUCAUUAUCGAUUAAUCUGCCAGUUAUUUUUUGUUUAGUCAAUGAAACGUGAAAAAUUGCCAAUCACAACUUCGUCAAGUCCAAAAACCCAGAAAUAUUUAGUCUACAACGAGAUGUGACAAAGAGAAGCAGGAAUUCUUCUCAUUUUAGAGGCUGGAAUCAGAAUAUUUGGCAUUUUUUUCACUAUUUAUUUUUUUGAUGUUGAUUAUCAAAACAGUUGCAUUUUAUUUUUCUGUCGACGGACCAAUCGAUCAGUCUGCUAAUUGUUUCAGGUUACGUAUUCAUUGAUCCAGUAUUUUCUGAUCUAAAUCAGGGAACUUUUCUAACUUUAAACUGAACUUUAUGCAGGUAAAGUUCUUUAUUUAACACUAAUUCAUUGAGCAGUUUCUUACAUAUAUUUUGUUUUAAUCCAAAAAAAAAGGGUUAAAUCAUGUCAACAAUCCCCGAACAAAGAUGUCUAAAAAAACUGAAACUACUUUAUCCUGUUGGCACUAAUAUUAAAAAUGUACAAACGAUACACAGACUCAUUUACAAGUAAAUGACUUUCCAACGGCUGCAAAUC